AAAAAAAAAAAUCCGCUUAUAUACCUCGAGGGAGGUUCCUUCAACCACCCAACCCCGUUGGGCCUCACCCUCUUCUCCUCCCAUCUUCUCUUUCAAGUCUCCUACCCUCUCUCACCUUCUCCCAUAUCCAAGGAAGAAAAAAGAAAGAGGAAAAAAUAAAACUAACAGCAAAUUACAUGGCGAGCCUCCAAGGAUGGCUCGCCACCUUCUUAAUCCUCUCAGCAGCAGCGAUAAGCUCGGUGGCCGGCCGAUUCAUCGUCGAGAAGAGCAGCAUCAGAGUGCUGUCGCCGGAACAUAUCCGGGGGCACCAUGACGCCGCCAUCGCCAACUUCGGCGUGCCGGAGUACGGCGGGACGAUGAACGGCGUCGUCAUGUACCCCGACAAGGGGACUACCGGCUGCGAUCCCUUCACCAACGGAGCUUUCAAGUCCAAAACUAAACGCCCAGUGAUUCUCCUCCUCGACCGCGGAGAUUGCUACUUUGCUUUGAAGGCGUGGCAUGGGCAGAAAGCUGGUGCUGCUGCUGUCCUAGUUGCUGACAACAUUGACGAGCCCUUGCUGACCAUGGACACUCCAGAAGCGAGCCGAGACCAUGAGUAUGUAGAAAAGCUCACAAUUCCCUCUGCCCUCGUCAGCCGAACCUUUGGCGAGGCCCUUAAGAAGGUCUUGGCAAAGGGGAACGAGGAGGUUGUGGUCAAGCUGGACUGGAGAGAGUCCAUGCCUCACCCUGACAACAGGGUUGAGUACGAGUUUUGGACCAACAGCAAUGAUGAGUGUGGCCCUCGUUGUGAAGAACAAAUGAACUUUGUUAAAAACUUCAAGGGUCACGCUCAACUUCUUGAGAAGGGAGGCUACACUCAGUUUACACCUCAUUACAUAACCUGGUAUUGCCCAGAACCCUUCAUACUUAGCAAGCAAUGCAAGUCUCAGUGCAUAAACAAUGGAAGAUAUUGUGCUCCUGACCCAGAGCAGGACUUUGGUGAGGGGUAUGAUGGGAAGGAUGUUGUCAUUGAGAACUUGAGGCAGCUUUGUGUUCAUAGAGUAGCAAAUGAGAGUGGUCGGCCGUGGGUCUGGUGGGAUUAUGUGACAGAUUAUCACAUCAGAUGCUCGAUGAAGGAGAAGAAAUAUAGCAGGGACUGUGCUGAAAAGGUUGUUAAAUCUCUUGGUUUGUCUCUGGACAAGAUUUCAAAAUGCAUGGGUGAUCCUGAAGCCAAUGUUGAGAAUGAAGUCCUAAAGAGAGAGCAAGAGGUCCAGGUCGGUCGUGGCUCUCGUGGAGAUGUAACCAUCUUGCCUACUCUGGUUAUAAACAAUGUUCAGUAUCGAGGAAUAUUGGAGAGGACUGCUGUUCUGAAGGCAAUAUGUGCAGGGUUUAAAGAGUCAACUGAGCCUCCUGUUUGCUUGAGUGGAGACAUUGAGACAAAUCAGUGCCUUGAGUCCAAUGGCGGAUGUUGGCAGGACUUACAAUUAAACAUAACUGCCUGCAAGGACACUUUCAGGGGCAGAAUCUGUAAAUGCCCUACAGUUAACGGUGUUCGGUAUGACGGUGAUGGUUAUAAUUCCUGUGAAGCUGUGGGACCAGGAAGGUGUACAAUAAACAAUGGAGGUUGUUGGUCAGACACAAAGAAUGGACAAACAUUUUCUGCCUGCUCAGAGUUAGAUUUGAGUGGGUGUCAUUGCCCGCCUGGAUUUCAUGGUGAUGGUCAUAAAUGUGAAGAUGUUAAUGAAUGCAAGGACAAGCUUGCAUGCACCUGUCCUGAUUGCUCCUGUACGAACACAUGGGGAGGAUAUGACUGCAAGUGCAAGGGAAAUCUUUUGUACAUAAAGGCAGAGGACACAUGCAUUGCCAAGAAUACAUCAAGGUUGGGUUGGUUUUGGACGAUUUUGGUUCUGGCAUGUGUGGUUGGCGCUGGAGUAGGAGGUUACAUAUUCUACAAAUACAGGCUUAGGUCUUACAUGGAUACUGAGAUCAUGGCUAUUAUGUCCCAAUAUAUGCCAUUAGACAACCAGCACAAUGAGAACCAGCCCCUCCGACCAGAUUCAACGGCAUAAUAAGGGAAAUAUUUGGAUGUAAAUUCAAAGCUGAAUCAUAGAAGUUUCCUUGAGAGUGGUUAGAUUGUGGCCACAAGUUUUCAAGAAUCAAAGUAUUCAAUAUCCUUUCAUUAUUCGUGAAGGGUUUUUCUUGUAAAAUGUAAUAUGGUUGGAACAUUUACAUACGGCAUGAGAGGAUCAAGGUUCUACCUGUAAUCGCUAUUUCCUAUCAUGAGUAGAUUAUUAUAACUAUGAUGUAAAUUUGAUACACAAAUAACACAUGAUUAAUGUAAAUCACUAUGAUAAGAAACAAAAGUUUACAUCUUGUGGUUUGUCUCGU